AUGAGCUUCCCUCCAAAUGUAUCCAAUCAUACACUGCAGCAAACUGAUGAAAAUGAUGGAGAAGACACUAGUUCAGGCAAGACUAUUCAAAAUUGUUCUUCAUCUACUCUGAGUCCUCCUAAAAUUACCGUUGAAGCAAUAAUGUCAGCAAUUAGACCACCAUUGAUGGAAUUACCUGUUCCAAUAAAUGAAGAAAAUUUAACUGAAAGUAAUAUAAGCGAGAAUCAAAAAGAUGAAGAAGCCCAAAGUCAUCAAUUAAGCGAAGGCUCAUCAGAAAUAAACUAUUUCGCCAUAUCACUUGAUGAAGAAAUCAUUGAAUGUCCCUGUUGCGAUAGCAGCUUUACAAAUAAGUAUGACUUAAAAAACCACCUUAAUGACAUGCAUGUAAAUUUACUAAAGUACAGAAAGCCUAAAUUCCCAAUUGCCAAGAAAAGUCACAUCAUAAAUCCAAUUGAUCUUUUAUCAAUUUCAGAAAAUAUUCCUAUUGAAAGAACGAUAGAAAUAGCAAGCGAAAUAGAAAAUUUGUAUGAGGAGCAUAAAUUAACGCAGCAGCUUAAAGAUUAUCAAGAACUUAAUAUCAAUGUAAUUGAAAAAAUUAUACAAAAAUAUUAUCCAAACUCAAAAAUUCAAAUGUACGGAUCCAAUGCAAAUGGAUUUGGGACACUUUCAAGCGACUUAGAUUUGAGCUUGUCAAUAGAUGUUCUUGAUGCUUUAAAGAGCGAAGAGAGCUUUGACUCAAUGGCUGAGCUUUUCGGUGAAGAAUCGACAAGAGAGCUUUGUGAGUAUUUGAUUAUUACUAUGCUUUGCAGGGCUUUUGACGUUAAUAAUGCAGUUGAUGUAAAUGCAAUAGAUUCUGCAAGAGUAAAGAUUGUGCAUUUUAAAACGCCAAGGAUUCCGCAGCUUGAUAUUGAUAUUUCACUGAAUAACGAUCUGGCCGUUGAAAAUAGCCGAUUGUUAUAUACUUAUAGUAGGAUAGACGAAAGAGUUGAAAAAUUAGGAAUUGCAAUUAAAGUUUGGGCAAAAAAGAGAUCAAUUUCAGAUCCAAAGAACGGAACGCUUUCAUCAUAUGCUCUAAUUAUUCUAGUGAUUUAUUUCCUACAGCAGCAAGCAACCCCAAUUCUUCCAAUUCUGCAGUCAUCUGGAGAAUCCAAAUUAAUAAAAGGAUUUGAAUGCAUGUUUGAUUGCGACUUCUUAAAUUACCAAUCCCUUGCAGCUGAAAACAAAGAAAGCCUAGGCUAUUUAUUGUUUGAGUUCUUUAAAUUCUAUGCAAUUUUCGAGUGAAAUUUAAUGGUCGUUGACAUCACAACUUUAGAGCCAAGAUAUAAAACUCCUGUUGAACAAAUGAAAACGAGCAUCUACAUUCAAGAUCCUUUUGAAACUAAAAGAAAUCUUGGUGACGUCUGCUCUUUGGAUGGAGCUAAUUUGAUAAAAAAUGAAUUCGCCGUUGCUGCACAAAUUCUUUUAAGCAAUUGAUCGUUUUCUCAAUAUCUGUGUAUAUCAAGUUAG